GCAUGGUGUCAGUGCACACCAAAAAUACGGAUCUGGCGUGGCAUAGUCUGUUGCCAGUUUCAUUCGCUCACUUCAUCAGUUCGUUAUGAACGCCUUGGACAUUGCCUUCACAUUCGCCAAGAGCUACAUGUUUUGUAUCGUAAGGAUUUUUUAACAUAAAUCAUGAUUUUUAUGUUCUCAGCGCUUAACUUUGUUAUGGGUGAAAAUUUAAGAGUGGAACAUCUUUGAACGCUGUUUUAAUUUCUUGCAAAAUGCAACAAAGGGCGCGUUCGUCAUGGCGCCUCAGACUUACAUUCAUGGCACUGGGAAUGCUGCUUUGGAGUGAGGUACGCGCACAAAUACGAUAUUCUCUUUCUGAGGAGCAGAAAGAAGGAUCUGUGGUCGGAAACCUUGCGAAGGAUUUAGGUCUCGAUACCAGAACGUUGAAGGAGAGGGGAUUUCGGAUCGUUUCAACGUCAGGCGACUCUCUGUUCACGGUAAAUCAAAAUGACGGGAUUUUAAGUGUAAAUGGAAAAAUAGAUCGCGAAGAGGUUUGCGAAAAAAGCAGCUCGUGUGUCAUCAAUCUAAAAAUCGCGCUAGAAAACCCUUUAGAGAUUCACUACGUGUCGAUUGAAAUCGUGGACAUCAAUGAUCAUGCACCGACAUUCCCGGAAAAAGAAAAGCGAUUGGAAAUAUCGGAAUCUGCCUUACCUGGAGCUCGGUUUCAGUUACAGGCGGCGCGGGAUCCCGAUGGCGGCUCGAACUCUGUUCAACAAUAUAAACUCAGUCAUAAUGAUAAUUUCCGCAUAGAGGUUAAAGAUCGCGGAGAAGAUCGCAAAAUGCCAUUUUUAAUUCUUCAAAAGCCUCUGGAUCGAGAAACCAGCCGCAGACACAAGAUACAUCUUACUGCGCUCGAUGGAGGGCGACCCCCAAAGUCUGGAACAAUGGAUAUAAUAGUUGAUGUUUUAGAUGUUAAUGACAAUAUGCCAGUUUUCACACAAGAAGUUUACUCUGUAACGCUUCAAGAAAAUGUCCCUGUUGGCACAACUGUUAUACAAGUUAAUGCUACUGACAUGGAUGAUGGUCCAAAUGGAGAAGUUUUUUAUUCGUUUGGAAAGGAUAUAGACAAUAGGCUUGUAAAACUUUUUGAUUUAAACUCCAGAACUGGAGAAAUUACUGUGAUUGGCCAAAUAGAUUUUGAAGAGAUGAAUAACUUUGAAAUAGAUAUCCAAGCAUCAGACAAAGGAUCUGUUCCUCUCACAUCAGAUAAGAGUAUAACCAUAAAAAUCGUUGAUGUAAAUGACAACGUGCCCGAGAUAGAAGUGACAUCAUUUUCAAGUGCAGUACCUGAAGACUCUAAAAUUGGAACCACAGUGGCUUUAAUCAGCGUCAGUGAUUUGGACUCUGGUGUAAAUGGGAAAGUGUUGUGCUACAUAACUGAAGACGUACCUUUCAGGCUAACAGCGUCAUCCCAAGAUAACAUUUACGCACUUGUUACAGCCUCAUCUCUUGAUAGAGAAACUGUGCCUCAAUAUGACAUCACAUUAGUAGCCAAAGAUGCUGGCCAGCCACCUCUGUCUUCAGUUAAAACUAUAACUGUGCAGGUAUCAGAUGUAAAUGACAAUAGUCCAGAAUUUUCUCUUUCACCUUAUGCUUUUUAUGUGAUGGAAAACAAUAUUCCAGGAAAAUCUUUGUUUUCUGUAUCUGCUUCUGAUCGUGAUUUAAAUGAAAAUGCUGUUGUACACUAUAACAUUUGGAGAGAAUCUGGAGAUGAAAACAAAUAUGCAUCUUUCAUUAAUAUUAACUCUGAAAAUGGGGAGAUUUAUGCACUAAAGAGCUUUGACUUUGAAACUGUAAAAAUGUUCCAGUUCCAUGUUCUCGCUACAGACUCUGGAACUCCAUCUCUGAGCAGUAACGUGACAGUGAACGUGUUCAUUCUGGAUCAGAACGACAACGUUCCAGUGAUCUUAUAUCCAGUCAGCGCUAACAGUUCUGCUGAGGGUGUGGAAGAGAUUCCCCGUAAUGUGAACGCAGGUCAUUUGGUGACUAAAGUCAGAGCCUAUGAUGCAGAUAUAGGAUACAAUGGCUGGUUAUUAUUUUCACUGCAGGAAGUUAGUGACCACAGUCUCUUUGGUUUGGACCGCUAUACAGGACAGAUAAGGACCCUUCGCUCAUUCACAGAAACAGACGAGGCCCAGCAUAAACUGCUCAUACUGGUCAAAGACAAUGGGAAUGUUUCACUCUCAGCAACAGCGACUGUGAUUGUCAAAGUUGUGGAGCCCAAAGAGGCUUUUGCAUCUUCUGAUAUGAAAAACGCAGUAAAAGAUGAAGAGGAAAACAAUGUGACAUUUUAUUUGAUCAUCACUUUGGGCUCGGUUUCAGUGCUUUUUGUCAUCAGCAUAAUUGUGUUGAUUGUAAUGCAGUGCUCUAAAUCAACAGACUAUUCAUCCAAGUAUUUACAGGAUACAAAUUAUGACGGGACUCUGUGUCACAGCAUCCAGUACAGAUCUGGAGAUAAACGCUACAUGUUAGUUGGACCCAGAAUGAGUAUCGGCUCUACUAUAGCACCAGGCAGUAAUAGGAACACUCUAGUGAUACCAGAUCGCAGGAGGAGAGAUUCUGGAGAGAGCACACUCAAGGUAAGACCAUGCCAUUUUUUUUAAGUAAAUAGAAAGAUAGCUAAAGUGGUUUUAAAAAGAUUUUAGAAUAUGAAGCUCUUGAUAAUGCAUGAGACCAAGUAAAAUUAUAAAGUUUUGAUGAGGAGAGUGAAAGAUGAUGUUCAGCUUGUGUGUGUAUGAGAGAGAGAGAGAGAGAGAGAGGGUUGAAUAUAGAGUAUAACUUUUGGAACACUGGGUUCUGUUUCUGUCCACUUGAAAUGUCCCAUAGCGUUCUUGCUGAUGUCAUUCUGCAGUAUCCUAGCACACAUGCCUGCAGCACUACUCCAUCUACCCAUUCUCUCUCACACACAUAAACCUUUGCAUAGAAAUCUGCACAUCACUACUUACACACAAUCCACACACACAAAAACAUACACCACUGAGGAUAUACAUAAAUUAUAUAUUUUUUGUGUGUGUGUAAAUAAUUAGGUCGCAGGCGUAGGGAGUAGAUGGAUUAUAUUUUGUGUGUGAGUGUUGCAGGUUAAUGGAUUAUAGAGAGAAUAGGGGUCAAAUAGGUUUAUCACAACAGCAGGUCACUAGAUUACUACAAUGUGUGUGGGUUUACUGAUAUGCUUAAGGUUCAGUAGCAACACAUACACACUCAUGUUGGUUUUUGUGAAUUGUGGGGACUUUCCAUAGACUUUUUUUGGACUGACCAAACGAUAUUGUCUAUCCCCUAACCCAACCCUAACCCUAAACCUACCCCUUACAGAAAACAUGUUUGCACUGUUACAUUUUCAGAUAAACAUAAUUUACUAUUUUUAAUCAUUUUGUUACAUUGUGGGGACCGCAGGCCAACAUUUUCAGGUUUUACUAUCCUU